UUUUUAUGUUUUUCUACUGAUACCUUUAGGACUAAAGGUUAAUGAUAUUUUCCUUGUAAUAUAAAGCAAUUGUAAAUAUUACACAAACAUUUAUUUGAAAUUCUUAGUAAUCGAUGUCAUAGUAUCGUGCGUAGGAUGCUAUCUGCGUCUGGGUGGCUGCCUGGCCUGGGUACCUUUUCGUUUGUGGGCGUUGACAUCGAGUAGGUUUAGCUACGAUUUUUUUGCCAACGAUAUUCAAAUUUGUUCUGUGGGCGAUGUGAAUCGCACGCGCAGUAGGCUGCGAACUAGCGCGGUGAGCGAACGUGAAAGGCUUUAACGAAAGCUUCAGUGUUCCCGAGUGUAGCUGCAGUGAUGGAAGCUAUGGAACUCGCGGGUCAAUGGCGGCGAGAGUGGGCUGGAACUGCCGAAUAUGGAAAGGUAACAGAAGGCGGUGUGACGCGGCGAAUAGCGCGAGCCAUGGAGGUGUUAAACGCAAGUGCACCUGGAGCCAGGGUGCGUGUUAUGAGGGCCGCUUACCAUUCCACAUCCGGCCCUGGCAUACCUACCUCUUCAUACAUGCUCCACUCUUCACGCAGGGUUAUAUCUUCGGGAUUUAAUCUUCUUGAAUCACCUACUUAUCCUUCGAAACCAUUAGAAAUAUCAUCGACACCAUUAGAAGAACUGAAUGAUCCAAAUAUAGAAACACAAAAUUAUAAGGUGACUGAGCCAGAUGACAUGGAAAUAUCAGAACCUUCUAAGUGGAGGGGUGCAUCUAAUAAAAGUAAUUUACGAAUGCCCAGUGAAGAAUCUUCAUCAACUGAGAAUGCUAGCAUUAUAGAUUUGGACUCAAGAUCCAGUCAUAAAGGAUUACAUAGAAAAUUCUCUGGUGAUUCAGAAAACAGCGAUGUUAUGAAUACAUUUAAAAGAAAUAGUUCACGAACUUCACCUCUUUUAGAUGCACCGGUUACACUUAGUACUUUAAAAUAUAAAUCACUUCUGAACAAUAGUAACGAGUGGAACAAUAGACGCAAGAGUUAUAGUUUUGAAGAUUCCUCUCCUCUGAACGAAGUAAUUUUACAAAGCAAUGAUACCUUAGCCAUGGAAUCGUCUACAGAUAGUGGCAUUUGUAAAUCAUCAGAAAUUGUCAAUGAUUUUACCGAAGAUGCACGUAGAAUAGAUAUAAGUUGUGAUGCACGUGAGAAAUUCAAUGUUGUUCAAAGGUCACCUAAUGAAUGGAUUACAAAGAACAAAUUUUACAGAGGUUCCAAUUUUAAGCCAUAUAAAGAGCCUUACAUUAUGGAAGAAGAACCUCGAGAAAAUAAUAUAGCAUUGCAAUCAAAAGGAAAGGUUUCUAUUACCGUUCCUAUAACCUUAGAAGAUGAUAAUUACAACUUAAACAACAAUCAAAUGAUUGAUGAUGGAGAACGCAAAAUAAAAAAAGUUGAAUUUUGUAAAACAGAAUUACAUUUUACCGCUGAAUCCGGGAAAGUUAAUAUUAUAGCAACUGAUGAUAAACCUCCACCGACAAACGAUUUUAGAAAAAGACGAAGUGCUUUUGUGCCCAUUAACGAAAAGUUUGAAAAGCCCAUAACUUUAUUCGGUGAAAAGGGUGAUUUUUUGAAAACUAGUCAAGUAGAUGAAAAUGGCAUAAAAAAUUUCCACGGACCCGUAGAAUUGGAUGACAAUACCGCAGCUACAAAAAGUAUUCUCAAAAACAGAAUUCCAAAACCCAAACCAUAUCUCUUAGGAGAGAACAUGGUAUUUGGGGAUUCUACUAAUGCAAGUCUAUCGGAUGAUUUUCCAGCGCCAACCGGGGUAUCGAUAACUAAUAAACAACUUCAAAGAAAAAAAAAUGAUAUAAAUGAUGAAAAUUUGUACGAUUUAAAUACAAAUACUGAUAAGAGCUUCAGGGAUUCUUUGAGGGCUAACAACAAAGGGCCUUUGAAAGGAUUCAGCUCUAACAGUGGUAAAUUAAUUCAAGAAAAUACCAAUAUCCGGAAGGGGAAAACAUCUGAUAACAAUAGCAAUUGGAAUGAUACAAAAAUUUUCCAAAUAUCUCCCGUGCAAAAUGCAAGAACAAGACAACUGCGUGAAAGUGAAUUAACCUAUUUUGGCAUCAAUAAUCAACAGAAAACCAUAUAUAAUAAGACUAAAUGUAAUAAUAAUAUUCAGAUUUCAAGUUCAGAACCAAAAUUUUUAGAUGACACAUUUGAGUCGGUUAGAUUAAUAAAACAAAUAUCAAAUAGUUCCCAAAAUAGUGAAGCAGAAUCUGAUGAAUCACCUGAUUACCAAAACCUUCCGGUAAAAAGUAACUUCGCUCCUAUACCUACGCCAAGAACAAGAGAAAAGUAUAAGAAUUCAGAUGAGAGAAUAACUAUUUUAAGGCCAAUUGUCGAACGAGCGAACGAAUCUAUAAUAGUUCCACAAGAGCCGCGGCGGUCUAGAAGUAAGAAACAAGAAGCACUGGGGCACACGAACCGCAGUCUCUCGGAACCAGUCAAAAAACAUUUCGAAAAUUCACUACGCAGGCACGAUGAACUGCGACAUAGUAAUCGAAAAGACGAUAAACAGCAAAGGGACACGGAACAAAAGAAGAUUAAAGAGAAAAUGAUAAUUAAAAAAAGUGUUGACGAUGUAAGAAAUGGGCAUCAUAAUGACGUAGAAAGUGAUAAAGAUUUGUCGAUAUAUGCCAAUGUCAUAGUAGAUAAAGGAGAUUCUCUACAUUAUAAUUCAUUGAAUAGCCGACAAAAAUCUGAUAGGCGGGUUAGCUCACUAGAAAAGUCUAAAGAAGAAAGAAUAAGUAAAUCCGAUGCCGAUAGUCUGAGGAAAAAACAAGACAGUGUUAAGAAAACCAGUCGACAUCAACGCACGGAAAAACUUUCCACACCUGAAUAUUCUAAAAAUCGGACUAAUACAGAUUCAACAAUUUCACGAAAAACUAACAAAAUUGACAAAACAGAGUUGAAAGACAGUAAGCUUAAUAGUGAAAAAGAAUAUAAAGGGGAUAAUUCUCGACAAACAAUUAAUAAUCAAGUAAAAAACAACGAAACUCCAAAAGAUGUAAUAUUAAAAGUUAAACUUGAUAGUAAACUUGCCACAAAUCAUCUUCGUAAGGAGUCUUCCAAAAAUAAUUCAAGUAUACAGAGAGAAUCUAACCACAAAAAUAUAGAGCCACUAGUUAUAGAACAUGCUGUAAAAUCAAAAGACUUGAGGACAAUUGAUCGGUCCGGGGCUGACAAAAAUUCGCUUUCAAAUAGUCGAAGAACGGCUCGACGAAGUGAGUAUGUAAUAAAAUAUGAUGACAAGAAUGGAACUGUGUCUUCCGUAUCUAAAGUUAGGGAAGGACACGGCACUAGUAGGCAAAAACAUAUUUCGAAAGAAAAAAAUAAAAAUUCCAGAGAUACAAAAAGAGGUAGAAAUAAUGAAAUAUCCACUCUGCGUAAGUAAGUCACAAUCAAAAUGCAUGCUCCAAUGAUCUAAAAUUUAUAACAAAAAUAAAAGACAUUAUUAAAAAUGAAAAUAUUUCAGUGCAGCUUCCAGAUCAUCACAGGCUUGUAAAAGGAAGAAAGGGACAUAGAGUAUGGAAUACCAGAACACAUGUGCAAAGAUCUUGCCAACUACUUUAAUGAGAAAUUGAUCUAGUCUAUAUUUUUAAUGCCUAGAUUCGAAAACAUUUUAGACAUCUUUACUAUGUGAGUGUUGUCGGGGAUUGUGAUGUGCAUGACGAUUAGGAUAAGAUAACAAUGAUCUCACACUUUUAAAAUAGAAAACUUAACUAAAACAAAUUUUAAAAAAAAUAAUCAAAUAACGAUAACACCUUGGGGUUAAAAUGUCCCAGGCAUCAAUAAAAUUUCGGCCGAG